AUGGGAAAGGUCCACGGAUCCCUCGCUCGUGCCGGAAAGGUCAAGUCUCAAACACCAAAGGUUGAGCCCCAAGAGAAGAAGAAGACCCCCAAGGGUCGCGCGAAGAAGAGAAUCACAUAUACCCGCCGUUUCGUGAACGUUACUCUGACUGGUGGCAAGCGGAAGAUGAACCCCAACCCAACCACAUAG